AACGAUGGCCGCCAUUUGUGAUUGAAAGCAGUGCUCCUCCAAAAAGCUGAGUAAAUUCCUUUUUUGGUAGUGAAAACCCCUUACUUUUAUAGCACUGGCCAGCGCGCCGCGUAGUUCCCCUGUUUCUCCGUGGCCGGGCAGUGUUUUCCGCCGGAAAUGGUUCGUAAUACGCGUACUUCGAUCGCGUUGAAAAACGCCUCUGCGGCGACCGAGGAGGAGACUCCGCCACCACCACCGUCAACAUCAACAUCGCAGGAGGCCGGCGAUGACGAAGAGGUGGUGGAGCGCGGAUCCCCGCGAGAGCUGAUGGCUUCGGGGAAUGAAAUUGACCUGCCAGCUUCGCUGGCGGCAAGUUUGAGUCCGUCGGUUCUGCUGCAGAAACUGCCGGUGGAGUCGGGCGGCCGGAGUUCGACUGGGGGUGGGGGUGCCCGCAAGGGACCCCGGAAGAAGACCGUGAGUUUAAUGGCGAAAUGUCUAGGGAAUUGAUUUGGUAGAUUGAUG